AUGAUGGUGACUCCCGAUCUCAAUUUAAGUACCUUGAUAUGGAUCUCAGUCAAGCCAGUCAUCAAGAAUAUUAUACCAGGUUUAGUAGGUGUCCAUCUAGUCAGAUCUAAAAGGAUUGGAAUUGAAGGAGUUAAAGCAGCAGCUCAAAUUCAAAUUUAUGGAGCUUUACCAUGUUUAAUGUUUUCAAACCUGGUACCUUCUAUUACUACUGAUAAUUCAAAAGAUGUGAUCAUUUGUUUAGGAUUUGGAGCGUUUUAUAUGGCUUUGAGUUAUGCUUUGGCUCGAUUACUUUUGUUAUUCGUCAAAGUACCACAUCAUUUCAAGAAUGGGUUUAUCGUAGCAGCAGUCUGGUCGAAUUGGGGGAAUUUACCGUUCAGCGUAAUUGCUUCAUUGGCUGCUGAACCCCCAUUUGGAAGGGUAGGGGAUCAAGAUUUGGGACUUGCUUAUGGAUCUUUUUUCGUCUUGGUUAACAAUUUGUCUUUAUUUGGUGGCCCGGGAAUAAGAAUGAUUCAACGUGACUUUGACGAUGUACCAAUUAAGGAUGAUCAAGAAGUUCAACUCACUCAUGGAUCAGCACCUGACCUCGGUGGCCUUGCAAUCGUAUCUGCUGAACAUAGCUAUGGUCGGAUCGCUUUACCAGAAGAAUCAGAGGAUUCUACCUUAUCACCAUCCAAACUGGGUGGACGUUUAUCAAGCUCUAACUUCCCAGACACCAACACACCGAGAGAAAGUUCUUCUAUCCAAAAACUGUCUGGCGACGGGCUACGCAAGAUCAUGUCUUGUUCUUCACUUGUCUCAUUGAUCUCGGGCACUUCCACUUACAUUCCAGGUCUCAACAUCCGAUUUCGUGUAGAGCUAGAUUCGGAAAAGACGAUUUCACAAAAACUUCUGAUCACCUUACAGAAUCUUGUCACUCCAGUCAGCAUUGCAAUUAGCUUAGGAUUAAUAACUGCAAUCACACCAGCCUUGAAACAUUUAUUUGUGAUUCCUACAAAACCAAAUUUAAAUUAUCCAACAGCACCCGAUGGAAAACCGAUUUUAUCAAUUUUAAUUGAAUCAGCUGCAUUCUUAGGAGCUUCAGCAAUCCCAUUAGCCUUAAUUAUCACAGGUGCAAGUUUUGCUAGAAUGUCAAUCUCACGCGAAACUUCAAAUUCAUUGCCAUUCAAAGCGAUCUUUGGUUUAGCAUUUAUCAAAUUAGUGGUUUUACCUAUCAUUGGAUUAAGUUUGAUAUUUUGUUUGGAUAGGUAUACAAGUUUGUUUGGAGGAGAAAAUAAAGAACUACUAAAAAUGAUUUGUAUUUAUUAUUCUUGUUCUGUUACUUCUACUAAUCAAAUCUCUCUAAGUGCUUUGGCUGCUGGCUCAUUUGGUCAAGAAAGCAAUGUGGAAUUGUUAUGUGCAUUUAUCUUGGUUCAGUAUUUACUUUAUCCUAUCGCUGGAACGGCCACUAUUGGUGCAGGUAUCAAGAUGUUAUUUUGA